AAAUGUACCAAGCUUCAGAGGAUGCCUUCUACAUUGGGCAGAAGAAGAUGAAAAUACACAGCAGCGACAUCAAGCUGAUUUUCGGUGUGGACUGUGGCAGCAAGCCAAUGGACAUAACAUACGGUGCGAAACCAAAGACUGGCAUUGUAAAUAGAGGAUGCAAAAACGUCAGCCGGUUGACUUCAAAAUGGAUACAAACCCUUUUGACCGAGGCAUUGAAAGGAAAAAAGAAAGAUGACAACGAAGAAGUUGCCCGACUAGUGUGCAUGUAUGCUUGCCAGAAGCUUUUUUUCUCAACAAGCGGAGAGACAAUAGGAUGGGGCUACUACGCACAUAUGGUCCCACUGGAAAGCAUGCAACAAUAUGAUUGGGCGAAGCAAAUUAGGACAAUGUUGACAUCGUCUAUUUCCCAAAAUGACAAAAAUCCAGCAAAAGUCACCGGCUGUGUCAUGUUAUUGAUGUACUGGUUGUGUGAGCACACAACCAUCCUCCAACCUCACAGACCCAAUGCUUUUCCUCGCUGUGUGAAGUGGGAUCUGACUGCUUUGCAGAAGAAGAUGAAAACCAUCUCCUUAGCAGAUUUGGGUUUUAAUGAGGUUAAUGCCGGUGAACUCUUUGUAAUCCCAACAGAAUUACAAAAGUUCAAGCGUAAAACAUUGAAGGUGGAGCCUGAAAUUUAUGAACCAGGCAGAAAAUGUCCCAACAUUUCUGACAUCAAGGGAGAACAACACAGUGGCAGCAGCUCCCACUUUUCUGGGGAUGGGGUAGACCUGAAGGACAGUGAUGAGGACAUUCACAUUCCAUUUACCAGCCAACAUUAUGACAGAGCUAUUGUAAUACCAGACACAAACCAACCUGAUAUCAUUGAUGUCCUUAUCCAAGAAAAUCGGAAGGCUUGGGGCGUCAUAAGGCAAUGGGAAGCAAAGUACAAACACCUUCAAUUUUCAUGGGAGUUGAGGGCAAGAGUCAUAGUUGAUCUUGAGAAUAAAUUGUUUAACCAGUCCAUCCUGCCCAACGUGAAUAUCGAAAUGAAGAAGUGCAUGGAGCAGAAGGAUAAAGAUAUCAAACGCUUAACGCAGCUGGUUAUCGACUUAGAAUGCGAUAAAAUAAUUCUUCAGGAUCUUUACGAUGACCAGUCAGUCCACAUUGUCACACAAGCUAUGUCAGAAAGGCAACCCCCUAGCCCAAUGCAACACAAUAUCAGCCCACCUUCUAGGGUCAAGUGUAUAAAGGAAAAAGAUCGCAAAGAACAUUGCUUGCCUGACUUCCAGUACCCAGACUUACCUGGCCAAAAGCAGCCCCAUCCAGUCGAAAUUGUUGAAGAUGUGGAGGAACAUCCACCAGCGAAGCAGCCAAAAAAAUUAUCCUUUACCAACAAGUUCAAAGUUUGGGCCAAGAUGUCCAAACAUGACAAACAGAAGGUCCAAGCUUUACAAAAAAAUGGAGGCGAUGAGUAA